GUUCAGACAUGAAUAUAAAAAAAUGUAGAAGAUUGAAUUUGAAGUGAACAAAAUUGGAUAUAUAAUAUAAUACACUAUGGUAAUGGGGGAUAAUUAGAUAGGAUAGUAGGAAAUGGUAGUGUGAUAAUGUGGGACGGAUGGUACGAUAAAGUGAAUAAUAGGAUAGGUGAGAAUAUUGUGAUGAUAGAACGGGUAGAGAUAUUAUAGAGUGUACUAUGUGUGGGAUAAUAUAGUAGCGCUUUGUGUAAGAGGAGGUAUGAGAGAGAGCAUGUGUGUAGAGAUGUAUGAUAUAAUGAGUAUGUGUAGGGAAAUAUAGUAGAGUUUGAGUGUGCGUAUAAGUUAUAAUGAGAGGUGUAUGAAUAGUAGUAUGGUACGAAUUAAAGUAUAUGGAUAUGAUAUAAUGAGGGGUAUAUCGACAGUAUGAUAGCAUUUGAACGUGGAUAAUUAUGAAUAGAGAAGAUUGUGGAUUAUAAAUUGGAUAGAGUAGGAGUGGAUAAUACGAUAAAAUGAAGCGUGUGUGGAUAGUAUGAUAUUCAGGAGGAUAACAAUAGGGAUAGAGUGGUUUUGAAAGGUUUGUGGGUCAGAGUUACAAGAUGGAUAGUAUGAUACAGUGAGAAAUAAGUGUGGGUAUAGAUGUAUAUAAAAGAUUGAGUUUAUUUGAGCUCAAAGCGAAUAAAAUAGAUAUAACGUAAUGUAGAAUGAAUUAGGAUAAUAGGACAGGAGUAUGAUAGUGGUGAAUAACACGAUAACAGAAUAGGGUAAAGUAAUAGGGUCAAUAUGAUUCUAAUGUUUAUUAUGAUGUCUCUAGAAAGUCAAUACUAUUUUCCAUGAUUUAUCUUAGUCGUAUUUACUACAAUACUCUUCUGACGCAAUCGAGAUAGGUAUUGAAGAUUGAAUCAACCUAGCACAACUUUCAACUGAAUCAAGCAAUAUAUGCUGCUAGCUGUUAUCUAAAUUAUGGGUUCAUUCGACAAUUUGUUAUUUUGGCCAGAUUUUUAUUUUAUAGAAGAGCGCUUUUGCAAGAUUAUCAUGGCAUUCGACAAGGCAUCAACGUGCAGCCAUAAACAGAUCGACUCGGAGACAAUAAAGUUGUUCGAAAUUUUACCUGUCCAAGAAGCCAAUUUAAUAAUUCGCAAAUAUGUGUCGACUUGGUUUUCAAUGUGUCUCAAUCUUCUGUUGCUACUCAAAAACUUAAACCUGAAUUUCCAGUUAGAAGGACUUAUAUCAGGGAUUUCGAGAGUUCGUCAACAAUGUAUAUAGUGUGUUUGUUGAAAUGGAACAUAAAAAUUUUUUUAGUAUUUUAAAAUCAAUUGUGUCGUUGGCAUUAGAAAGAGGAAGAAUAAACCGUGGAUGGUUUUAUCAUGCUCUUUGGUUUUCUGUACAGGUCUCAUAGUAAUACUUCAAUGUCAAGUUUCAAUUCUUUGGCAUUCCGCUCCUAUUCUCCGAGCAAAACAUUGGGUCUUUUUAAAAAAUUCUGGAAAUUUGACCGCAGACAGACACAAUAUCCAGAAGUAAGAUACAGCAAAAAACAUGUUUGGGUUAAAAGAUCACUCGAAAAUAAUACAAUCUAUCAGCUUGGCAUUUCAGACUAUGCGAAAGAGUUUUUGGCACCGUACCCGAAAGUUAUGUUCCAAUGCGAACAGGGGUCCUUUUACUUUUCUGGGGACACUCUUGCGGUAAUAAGAUUUUGGAGUCCAGAGCAAUAUUUGAAAGGACAAACAAAGUUGUCGAGAAUUCGGUGGCGUGUAAGAACGCCGCUUAGUGGCGUCGUUAGUUCAUUGAACUGUGAGUUUUUGCAUUCCCAUACGGGAUUUGAAGCCGAUCCCGAUCACGAGCAGUACUUGCUCAAGAUCCACACCAACAACUCCGACGAAUGGGAUCGCAUGUUCUCUUUCGAAGAAUACAACGAAUAUUUGAAAACGGAUAAGAGCCUACAUGGCUUGAAAGAAAUUGAUGAGGCCUGGCCUCUCAGGUUACCUGGAGACUUGGUAAUACAUAGUGAGGGCAAGGCGCAUCAAGAACAGACGAGAGAGAGUUUGAGUGACUUGCAAAUGAAAUGAAAAUUUUAAGAUCAGGGAGCGUCAGUUAUAGAGUGAGGAAUCUAAAAAAAUCAAGCCUUCUCUUUUUAUUAAUAGCUCUGCUUUUCACACUUUCCAAAUACCAUGUUCUGUGCAAUAUUUUCAAGAUCAUGUGCAUUUAAGCGUGAAACUGUUUUUGGAUAAGCUGAAAGAAGCGAAUCACGUAGGCCUGCACCAAACUAUGGUACUGCGAGAAAGUGUUUCGGAGAAAAGCUAACAGAUAGGCGAGAUGAACUUGGAUGAAAAAUAUCCACUUUUGGAACGAUAAGUAGUAAGGGAAGUCGAUGAUAUGCUGUCGUAUAUAUGGCUUGACGUAUUGUUGAACAAAUUCACAGAACCACCUCAGCAAAUGCUUGAAGUGAGUAAUACAAAAUCGAGAGACAGUGAUACUCAAACUGUAAAUUAGUCUUACUGCCCUACAUUCGAAUUUGUAAUAGACAGUCCAAACCUCUCGACCGAUACACGCUAACCUCUGAAGGGUUCCUUGGUAGGGUGCGAGUUGUGCCCAAAUUGCGGUACCCCAUUUGUCUAGGGUGGCGUGAACUAAUUUUAGUCUGUCUUGGAUUGAAUAAUCGUACAGGUCGGAUGACACUUUCAAGCGUUCCCAAAAAGAACACAGUUUCUGUGUUACAAAUGCGCGUUCCGAAAUGAACGACGAGACGUGCCGGAACACCUUUGUGCUCCCAUCAGAUAUGCCUGAGAAGGCGUUGUUCAAAACGAUCCACGCUUGCCCAUGCUGGUCUGUUGCCUUUGUAGCCAAAGAGAAAAAAUGAAAUACCUGUAUGCUCAUGAGUAACAAGAGGACCAAAAAAGAAGAAUACCAUAUGACACUUUUAAGUACACACAAACAACUACUGAUUUGUAUUUUUGCCUGACUGUCGAUUGUCUCUAUAUUGCUCGCGCGCCCUUCCUUUUUUUCUUGUUGACCAGACGACCUUCUCAAGCUCUCCAAAAUACCCCACCCUUUGAUUUCCUGAGCUACCGACUCGCCUUCCUUCUUCUCUCGUGUCUCUACACUCCUCCCCCCCCUCGACUUCAGCGAUCCCGAAUCUGUCUGCAAAUCCCCCGUCGCACUUCCGUCAAACGCGUCGUGCGCCUCUUUGCUCAGCCACUGGUCUAGAUCUCGCAAAUAAAUCCAAGCAUUUGCUGGAACUCUGCGUUCGCAUCAACGCUGCCAUCCCCCUCAUCAGUGAUUCAAACGCUGUCUUCUUCUCUAAAUCUGCCUUUUUUCCCUGCAGCGAGCGUGACACCUCAUAAGCAGAUCCGCCAAACCCCUCGCCUUGCUCGCAUUCACCCAAACGGAUUCUUCUUCUCCCUUCACUCUCUUCGCCAAGGUCGCGCCCCGUAUCAAUCACCCCUCUGAUCGCCGUCAGACAACGCGUCGAACGCUAGCACGUGAACGAAAUAACUAAACGCCAACGCCGAAUUGUCCAAAAUCCGACUAAGGUACAACGCCAACUCAAAACACAAGCCAGUAAAAAACGUCUCCCAUGCCGAAUCAGGACGCGUUCUAAAGUACCCCAAGCGAAAACGAACAACAGACCACCCAGUCGUCAAUCCCGUCGAUUUGAAGGCACCCCACCCGUGACGAGACCACCACAUGAGGAAAAAUACAUAGUGUUAGCAACAAUAUAUACAACAGAACGCAGACCUAAACACCCCCGCACAGAAGAUUCUAAUUGAGAGUGAGGCAAAUCAGAUCGGCCUUUCCACUCCUCAAAAAAAAAUGCGUAGCCAAAUACCACACAACAUUUGUACUCAACACGGUCAGUACACCCAAAACAGCGAUUUUUAACGUGCAUUCGGUUUUUCCUCGUCUCCAUCAAACGGACAAUGCUUUCCAAGCGCUCUGGCUGUCUCUGAAUCCCCACCUUAACAACAAACAUCCAUCCAUUUCUAUACUUGUUGAUACGCUCAUCCUUCGCGUUCUCCUCUACGCUCCUUUCCAUCUCAUCCAAUGCAAUUCUCAAACCCCGGACCCAUUCUUUCUUCCUCGCAUUCUGGUCUAUCCAGGCACCAAUGGCAUUCUCCGCCUCCCGGCUAACACACUCAAACCCGCACCCUUCAAUCUCAUUUCCGUUCGCCUUCUCUUUUACUUCUCCCGUGCACCACCAAGCCUGCUUUUCCAACUCUUUCACCAACUGAACCACGGAGACGUCUUGCAAAUCCGCCCCUUCUUGUUCAGGUUUUUCAGCAUCGCAUUCACCUCCAACAUAGAACCCUGAGUAUUCCUAACACUAUUCAACGCCGGGAAAUUAGACGUUCCGAUAGGCACUGCAGCCGCCACCAAAGGCGACGAAUUCAACGCACCACACUUCCUUCUAUUCUGUUGCUUCUCCCUAUCCAGCUUCUCGAAAUAAUCAUAGUCAUAUUCGUAUUCGUAUCCAUCGUUCGCUUUCUUCUUAUUAGUCCUCUGGUCAGAAACAGCCAAGUCUUCAUGUUCCCCCACUUUGCCCUUCUUCGCCAAUUCGACCCUCCCUCGGGCUCACCUGGCGAAGGUUCCGGACAUUUCUGACGAGCUGCACGCCUUCGGCUGCGAGUUUAACAAAACGUUUCCCUCAUUCUCAAAUGCCAAAGAAAAAAAA